AUGGCCUCAAGGUCCUGGCCACAGUCACUGGAGCUAUGAAGACCAGGAGCACUGGGGUCUGGACUACCCGGAUUGCGCAGGUGCUGCGCAGUCGCCCAUCAACAUCGACACAUCCAAGACUAUCUUCAGCCCCCAGCUGCGGCCGAUCCAGCUUUCUGGCUACAGCGUGCCGGCCAACCAGAAGCUCACACUGAGGAACAACGGGCACACAGUUGUCCUCGAGCUGCCCGGGUCACUGGCCAUCACUGGUGGCUAUGCCCAGCAGUACCGAGCCGUGCAGCUGCACCUGCACUGGGGCUCCCCGUUGGGACCUGGCUCAGAGCACACCGUCAACAGGCGCCGCUUUCUUGCGGAGAUCCACGUGGUCCACUACAACACCAAGUACGACAGCUUUAAGGAGGCAAUGGUCCACCCUGAUGGCCUGGCCGUACUGGGAGCCUUCCUGGAGGUUGGGCCAAGGGAGAACCCAUACUAUCAGGAAAUACUUGAGCAUCUGCACAGUAUACAAAGAGAAGGCAAGGAAGUCUUGGUGCCCGGAUUCAAUAUUGCAGGUCUGUUGCCCGACAACCUAAAACACUACUUCCACUACAACGGCUCUCUGACCACUCCUCCCUGCUACCAGACAGUGAAGUGGACAAUCUUCAACCAGACCAUGAUGCUCUCUCAUGACCAGAUGUUAAUGCUGGUGAGAAGCCUGAGAAACGAUGACAACAAACCUCUGCAGAACAAUUACCGGCUGGUGCAGGACUUGCAUGGGCGACAGGUGCUGGCGAGUUUCCAGACCACCCUCUCUUCGACAAAGCAGCUGCCUUCUGAUGGUGAUGGCCCAGCAGCAGCAGGACACUCCAGCUCUUCAUUUCAUGCAGGGGACGUGCUGGCUGUGCUCUUCGGGGUGCUCUUCGCCAUCACAGCGCUGGCCUUCCUGCUGUACAUCUACAAGCACCGCAGCCAGAACACACGGUUGGACUCACCGACCAAAUCCAAG